UGCCAUCGUCCUCAACCAAAACCAGGCGCUCUGUCGCCAUGGCGCCCGCGGCAAAUGCGCGGAGGCCCCGCAGCAGCAGCAGGCGCCGGAAGAUCAAAGAAGAGCUGGAAGCAAGGCAGCUGAACUUCAAAGAGGUAUGGCAGCUCCAGCAGGAGUUGGUCCGGGAGGCAGCAAAGCCGGCCCUCAUGGAGGCAGCCCAACAACUGCUGCAGGCGGCCCACUACGACGCGGUGGUGGAGGAGCGGUCCCUGGAGCAGCUUUGCGGGUUCCCGGCCUGCACGCGCAACAUCCAAGUGCCGGAGAGGAAGCGAUGGGCGGUGAACUACGCCACCAAAGAGGUGCUGGACGCUGCGGAGCUCCGGAGCUUCUGCAGCCCCGGCUGCCGCCAGCGGUCCCACCGCUUCCGGGCACAGCUGCAGCCGGAACCCCCGUACCUUCGGCCUGCCGCGGCGGUGGCUUCCACUCGGGCGGCUUUGAGCGAGACGAAGGCCAAGGAGGUGCCGAAGGUGCGCCCCCGUGCGGUGGUCCGCUUCUCCCGCGAGCGGCAGAGCUACUCGGUGCAGUACAAGGACUACGACGGCGGCGGCGCUCUGCCGGAUAUGCCCGCUGUGAAGGAGGCGCCUCGGGAAUCCGUGCUCAACGGCUCUGUGAGGGAGCGGAUGGAGCCAACGAAGCCAGCUCUCCAGGUGAAGAGAGAAGCGGGGCAAGACACAAAGCCGGACACACCUCAAGAUGAAGACACAGAUGAGGAUGAGCAUGUGAACUUCAGUGACAGUGAUGGAGACAGUGACCUGUACGACGCUGAUGCCGUGCCCGACGGCAAGACUUCGGUCCCUUGGAUCCGGGCCUGGGCUGUGCUCAGCGGCUGGAUGACCGAGACAGCCAAGGCAGUACUCAGAGGUGCUAGCCUUGACCGAAGUGAGGAGCGUCGGCCUUGCCACAAGGGCCGCCGGGACCUGCUCACAGAGCUGCUGACCUCCCGACUGCCUGGGGAGCUUUCCUUCAUGGCCUGUCGCUACUACGAGCUGGUUUCGUGUUUGGGUGUCCACGAGACGCUGCCAUCGGUGACGGAGCAUCGGCUCUACGACCUGCUGGCGGCGAUUCUUAUCCGCGGACUCUACCUGUCUGAUCAGCAGCGAGGUCUUUUUGAUCUCAACCAUACCCAAGUCGCGCUGCUGGACAGAAGCAUGCAGGAGUCCGCCAAGUUCAUGGGUAUCGCCGAAGAGGAGCUCCCCAUGUUGGUCCAGAUACUUUGAGCAG